AGUGGAGUGAAGAAAUGAUGUUCAUAUCAGAGAGAUAAGUUAUCCCAAAGCCACUAACUGGUGCGUAUUGCAGCAAUGCCUACUUUGAAUCUCUUCACAAAUGUGCCUGUUGACGCCGUCGUUGCUUCUGAUAUCCUCAGAGAUGCCACAAAAGCUGUUGCAAAGAUAAUUGGAAAACCAGAAUCCUAUGUGAUGAUUUUGGUGAAUGGGGGAGUGCCCAUUGAAUUUGCUGGAACUGAAGAGCCGGCUGCUUAUGGAGAAUUGAUCUCAAUUGGGGGCCUUGGUCCGAGUGUAAAUGGAAAAUUGAGUUCUACCAUUGCAGAAAUUCUUCAAACUAAGCUUUAUAUUGACAGUUCCCGAUUUUAUAUCAAGUUUUAUGACGUUCAGCUCCUUCGGGCUUGAACCAGAAAUUAUUUUGUGAGUGAGAGUGAAGCACCUGGAGAGUUCUGCACAGGAAGAAAACUGGGUUGGGAGAGUGAUACACCAGUGCACUUUGAGUGUUUAGAGGCAUCAUUUAGAAAUGGCUGAAUCAAUCAAAUACACCUUCGUUCCAAGGAGUAUUGGUACUUGGUGGAACAUGGGAUUGAUGUUGUACCAGACAAGGCGAAUGCCUCAAAAGUAGAUAUCAUAUGGAUGUAAGAACAACAACUCAAGGAAUUAAAGAAAAAAAAUUAUCUCUAUCAAGCAAUUUACAGAGAAGACAACAACAAUGACAUACGGUCUAGAGAUGAGUCAGACGGUGAAGAGCAGCAGAGAACAGAGGUACAAAGUAUUGGAACAAAUAUCAGGAACGGACCUUACACUCCAGUACUUGAGAUUCCAGUUGAAGGAAUAGAAGAAAACCUGUGUGGAUGACAGACUACGAAGAAGGUGAAAGUCUAUGUAAUAGCAACAAUACUAGUGCUAUGCUAGUAACAAAAAUUGAUUCAGUGACAUUUUAAGAGGCAGUUAACAGAAAGAAGUGACGAGAUGCAAUGGUGAAAGAAAUUGGGGCAAUAGAGAAAAAUCAAACGUAGGAGUUGACUAAUGUGCCAAAAGAAGUGAAGCCGAUUAGAGUGAAAUGGAUAUUCAAGACCAGACUCAAGGAAAAUGGAGAAAUUGAUUAAAGCAUGACUAAUAACAAAAGGCUAUGCACAACACUAUGGAGUGAAUUACAUUGCACCAAUUGCCAAGCUAGACACCAUCAGUAUAAUACUUUCAAUGGCUGCACAGAAUGGCUGGAUCAUAUUUCAGUUGGAUGUGAAAAGCACAUUUUUUCAUGGGAAGCUGAAGGAAGAUAUAUAUGUACAACAACCAGCUGGAUUUAUAAAGAAGGGACAAGAAGAGAAAGUGUAUAAGUACCUAGAGCAUGGUACAACAAAAUAUAAGCAUAUUUCUUACACAAUGGCUUUGAAAGGUGUUUUUGUGAACAUACAUUGUUUACAAAAUCAGCUGGGGGAGAUAAAAUUCUAAUUGUUAGUGUAUAUGUGGAUGAUUUAAUUUAUACUAGAAAUGAUAGAAGUGUGUAAUGAUUUUAAGAAUUCUAUGAUGUUGUUAUUUGAUAAGACUGACUUAGGGUAGAUGAGGUAUUUUCUGGGAAUUGAAAUUCUAUCAGAGUGCACAUGGAAUUUUCAUAUGCCAAAGAAAGUAUGCAUAGAAGGUUUCAUUAUUUGAGGAACCAAAUUGUCUAGAAAUGAUGCAGGAACUAAGGCUACUAUUUCAAGCAAGUAGUUGGAAGCCUUAUGGAUUUAACUACAACCAGACCUGACGGACUACGGAAUUUGGAAUUUUCUACAACAAAGGAGAAGACACAACAUUGGUGGCUUAUCCAGAUAGUGAUUUUACUAGAGGCAUAGAUGAUAGGAAAAGCAUGUUAGGAUUUGUAUUCUCAUUAGGGACUGGAGCAAUAUAAUGGUAUUCCAAGAAGCAGCAGAUUGAUAUUAUCCACCACAAAAUUAGAACACAUAGCUGCUACAUCAUGUGCAUGCCAAUGCAUUUGCAUCAUGAGAAUUUUGGAGACUAUUGAUUUUAAAGAACAGAAACACAUCCUGGUUCUAUGUAAUAAUAAUUCAGCUAUUAAGUUAUAUGAAAAUCCAGUAUUUCAUAGUAGAAGUAAACAUAUUGAUGUUAGAUUUUAUUUCUUAAGAGAUCCUAAGGAUCAAGCAGAGCUACUGCAACACUUAGAAUCAAGUAGUUGAUAUAAUGAUUAAACUACUUCAAUUGGAGCAAUUUGGGAAUAUCAAAAGUAUGUUGAGUUCGGCGGAAGCGUCAUAAAUUAACUAAAAGCUUUCCUAAGCAUUUAGUUUACGGAGGGUUUGUUAGAAGAUUUAUGUUCCGUUUUUGAGAUUUGUGGUUUAUUUAUCUGCUGACCGAUUCUUUAGGGAGGGAGGGAGCUAAAAUCUAGUUCUCAUCUUGUUAGGUAACCGCCCCAUGAAUUUAAGCAUAGUAGGGCAGUUUCUUUUCGCAUUUUUUCAUUUGUAUUGAUAUAAUUCAUUUCAAUUCAAUAACACAGAUUUAUAGAUUCAAGAGAAAACCUACCUAUUUGUGUUCACAAUAAGAGUAAAUAUGUUUUUUUAUCCGAAAAAAAAAAGAUCUUUGUUAACUUUAUCAUGCCCUAAUAUGCUUCUCUAUUCCUUGUAUUGUUUUGUCUCGUAAAGAAGUUAUUUCUAUCUCUUUUUCUUUAUUCUUUUGAAUUUUCUGAAGCACAUUUAUGAGUCAAGAAAUAGCUUCCCGUCGAUACCAUGAAUGUCAUACAUAGUCUCAACUUUUAUGUUCAAUACUUGCUAUCCUCAUCAUAUUCG